AUGGCAAAUAUUGCAAUCCCAAGAAGCACUUUAUUAUUCAUAGGAAUAAUUUUUCAUGUGACAUAUAUAUGGAGUAUAUUUGAUAUAUAUUUCACUUCACCUUUGGUACAUGGAAUGACGCCUUAUAAGGUUGGUUUAUCACCACCUGCUAGUAGGCUUAUACUUAUAGUGGGCGAUGGACUAAGAGCAGACAAAUUGUAUCAACUACAUCCAGAUGAAGAUGGCAUAUCAGAUCAACCCAUUACAAAGGCACCUUUUUUAAGAGACAUCAUUUUAAAUCAUGGUACUUUUGGAGUUUCUCAUACUCGAGUACCUACAGAAUCAAGGCCCGGACAUGUCGCUAUUAUUGCAGGAUUUUAUGAAGACGUCAGUGCUGUUACUAAAGGGUGGAAAUAUAAUCCUGUGGAAUUCGAUUCAGUAUUCAAUCAAAGCAGACAUACGUGGUCGUUUGGAUCACCUGAUAUAUUACCAAUGUUUGCUGAUGGGGCUUCAGAUCCCGAUAAAGUUGAAACUUUUAUGUAUGGUCAUGAAAGUGAAAAUUUUGCCGAAGAUGCCAAAGAAUUGGAUGUUUGGGUAUUUGAUCAACUUGCCCAACUAUUGGCAAAUUCUUCAUCCGAUCUUAAAUUACAUCAUCAACUUCAUGAAGACAAAAUUGUAAUAUUUUUACAUUUAUUGGGAUUGGAUACCAAUGGACACGCUUAUGGCCCUCACUCUAAAGAAUAUAUGGAUAAUAUUAAAGUUGUUGAUGAGGGGAUAAGCAAAACUGUUAAGCUAAUUGAAGAAUAUUACGAACACGAUGGGAAAACGGCCUAUAUUUUCACCGCAGAUCAUGGAAUGAGUAACAGAGGUAGUCAAUUCGUGGGUUUGACGAGAAAUAAAAAUUUUCUAACAAGCUUUAUUAAUUUAGGAAAUCAUGGAGAUGGACAUCCGGAUAAUACGCGAACGCCAAUAAUUGCAUGGGGCGCAGGUGUGAAUAAACCGAACAAGACACAUCCAAUUGGACAUGACGAUUUUUCUGCCGAUUGGCAUUUAGAUGAAGUUCAGCGGAAUGAUAUUUUACAAGCGGAUAUAGCACCACUUAUGGUGUCCCUAGUUGGUAUUAAUUAUCCGGUUAAUUCUGUAGGAGAAUUGCCUUUAGUGUAUCUUAAUAAUACACCCUUAUUUAAAGCACAAAGUUUAUUUGUCAAUGCUAAAGAAAUAUCUGAACAAUAUCAAGUUAAAUAUGAAUUAAAGAAACAAACAAAAAUAAUGUUUAAACCGUUUGCACCACUUAGUAAUUCUACUCAUAAUCGGAAAGCCUUACUUGGUAAAGUUCAGGAAUUGAUUGAUGCUGGACAAUACGAUUCGGCCGAAGCCACGUGUGAGGUUUUGAUACAACUUUCUUUGGAAGGGUUGAGAUAUUUUCAAACGUGA